CCCUCUCUCCUCCACACACACACACACACACACACAGUUCUAUACACAUUCAGCUGUGCUGCUGUCAGUCCUGGAAUGUAAGCACUGCCGUCAGGAGUCAGACUCUUCCCUGCUAAGCACUGCGAAGGAACACACCACAGCACACUCAGAGACACAGAUGGAUGCUAAAGCUGUAAAAACCAAAGACUCCAGGGGAUGAUCUGCUCUUUGCACUGUGACAAAGCCAGACUAAACGCAGCAGUGAGCACAUAUCUCAUGAAAAAGAAGUGUGCAACUUCAAGGGGGCUGAAAACAGCAUCAUUGAGUGAACUAGAAAAUAAUUAGAUUUCUGCUUCAGUACUCAGGUUGGAGCGUGUGUGUACGGAGCGUGCUUGAUAAUGACAUAAACUCCACAUUAAAUCUGAAGGGCAUAAGUAAAAGGAUACAAUGUGUGUUCUGAUGAGGCUACCUUCCAGUGUUUAUCCUCUCAGAAGCCUAUUACCAUAAUUCAGAAGUCAUUGCAAACCAUUUCCCAGCUGAUUGGAUACCAUGAUAAGCAAUCAGGCUCUGCUACUCCUGAUGCUCACCAGCCUGUGGCCCAGUACGGCCCUUCCUUUCUUGCCUGGGAAUAUUGAGAACCUUUUUGGAAUGCCAGAGAGUGACGGGAAAGUUCUGCAGCGUUCCAAACGGGGCUGGAUGUGGAAUCAAUUCUUUCUGCUUGAGGAAUACACAGGAAAUGACCAUCAAUAUGUCGGCAAGCUGCACUCCAAUAUGGAUAAAGGUGACGGCACUGUAAAAUACAUCCUGACUGGAGACGGGGCAGGCAGCCUGUUUCUGAUUGAUGAAAAGUCUGGAGACAUUCAUGCCACAAAGAGGCUGGACCGAGAGGAGAAAGCCAUGUACACGCUCCAUGCCAAGGUUGUGGACAGAAACACCAAUGCAGAACUGGAGCCCGACACGGAAUUUAACAUCAAAAUUCAUGACAUCAAUGACAAUGAACCUAAAUUUGCAAGGGAAAUAUACUUUGCCAGUGUCCCUGAGAUGUCUGAAGUUGGUACAUCUGUUGCCACYGUAACUGCCACUGAUGCUGAUGAUCAGACAUAUGGGAACAGUGCCAAGCUUGUAUACAGCAUUCUACAAGGACAACCCUAUUUCUCUGUGGAUUCUGAGAAUGGCACCAUUAAAACYGCCCUGCCUGGCAUGGACAGAGAAGUCAAAGAAAAUUACCAGGUUGUGAUUCAGGCUAAAGACAUGGCUGGACAGAUGGGUGGGCUCUCYGGGACCACAACAGUCUGCAUCACCCUUUCCGAUGUCAACGACAGUCCGCCACGCUUUCCUAAUCAUUCCUUCCGUGUGACAGCUGUGGAGUCUACAGAGAUUGAUGGUGCCAUUGGACGUAUUAAGGCUGAUGAUCCAGAUGUGGGCAAAAGUGCUGAAAUGGUAUACAGCAUUGUUGGUGGUCAUGACACGUUUAAUAUCACAACUGACCAAACUACACAGGAGGGAGUUAUCAKAAUAAAAAAGGCACUGGAUUAUGAAAGUAAGAAGGACUACGAGUUCACAGUGGAGGUGAAAAACGCCUACUUAGAUCCAAGGUUCGUCAAUGGUGUGCAAUUCAAAGACAGCACCACGGUCAAGGUCAUGGUAGAAGAUGUGGACGAGCCCCCUGUUUUCACAAGGAACCCUUAUAUCAUCGAAGUGCAUGAGGACACGGCUGCUGGCAGCUUCGUUGGUGUUGUUUUUGCCAGGGACCCAGACGCUGACAACAAACCAGUCAAAUACUCCAUUGACAGGCACACAGAUCUUGAACGGUUGUUUAGCAUUGAUUCCAUCAAUGGCACAAUCACAACACUGAAAGCACUCGACAGAGAGAUGUCCAAAUGGCACAACAUCUCUGUAGUGGCCACUGAAAUGAAUAAUCCUCGUCAGACAACUCGAGUGCCGGUGUUCAUCAAGGUAUUGGAUGUCAAUGACAACGCCCCGGAGUUUGCAACGUCCUACGACACAUUUGUCUGUGAAAACGUCAAAGCAGGACAGCUCAUUCAAACAAUAAGUGCUGUUGACACUGAUGAACCUCUUGUUGGGCACAAGUUUGUCUUCAACAUGCGUGGCACCAACCCAAAUUUUACUAUAAUUGAUAAAGAAGACAACACUGCCAAUAUCCUGACGAGAAGAGGGGGAUUCAGCCGGCGGGAGAUGAGCAUGUACUUCCUCCCUGUCGUGAUCUCCGACAACGACUACCCCAUUCAGAGCAGCACUAGCACGCUGAUUGUGCGCGUGUGUGCUUGUGACAGUCGUGGAAACAUGCAGUCAUGCAGCCCCGAGGUCCUGCCCUUUUCAGAUGGUCUCACAACUGGAGCUCUUGUGGCCAUACUGCUCUGUGUCAUUAUUUUACUCAUUUUUUGUGCAGUGAUCGUGGUGCUGUUUGCUGCCCUGAGGAGACAGAGGAAGAAGGAACCUCUGAUCAUCUCCAAAGAGGAUGUCAGAGACAACGUUGUAAGCUACAACGAUGAAGGGGGAGGAGAGGAGGACACCCAGGCCUUUGAUAUCGGCACGCUGCGCAACCCGGAGGUGAUGGAUACUAACAAGCUUCGCAGGGACAUCAUACCUGAAAUGCUGUUUCCCUUUCGGAGGACAUCACCGAUAAAGGAUAACACGGAUGUGAGAGACUUUAUAAACGGGAGGCUUCAGGAGAACGACUCAGACCCAACAGCACCCCCUUAUGACUCACUGGCAACUUAUGCGUACGAGGGCAGUGGUUCAUUGGCAGAAUCUCUUAGUUCACUGGAGUCUGCUGCUACAGAGGGUGACCAGGAUUAUGAUUACCUCAGCAAMUGGGGACCACAUUUCAAAAAAUUGGCAGAGAUGUACAUAGGGAGGAGCCCUGAUAGAGAGACCUAGACAAAGCCAUCAGUCUGCCAAACUCCUUUUUAGUGUCUGUUUAGYUAGCUAGCUAGCCAGGCAGCUAUUUGUCUAGUUAGUUAACUGGCCAGCUAGCUAACUGUGUCUCUCUAUCAAGCUAUCUGUUUGUCUAAUUUACUAGCUAGACUGCUAGUUAACUGGUUGUUUGUUUGAUCAACAUACAUGCACACAAAUGUGCCCUCACAACAGUCGCUUUAUACAAGUGGAUGCUGAAAUGGAAGACUUGAACUGAACUGAAUUAUCCGAACAAUGGAGAUAAACUAUAGAUCUCAAAGUUUUCACUGUUUUAUGGUCAUAAUCAUUAAAGAUGCCUUUAAAUUUUAGGAUUUUUUGUGAACAAUGGUGUGGAUAAUGCGUUUUGUAAUAACUUGAAAGAUAGUAAUAUUGUAUACUAUCAAUGUUCAGUGGUACUGGCUUGGCUUGGGUGGGAAAGGGAAGGAGUCCAAAGGCUUUUUCCUGCCAACUCCAUUAAAUACUGUAAGUGUACAAAGUGUUUUUAAUGAUGGACAUCAUAUAUACUAUUUGCUAUCUCUGUUUGACAAGCAAUGUUCAUGUGAAUGGUUGGUGCAGUUUAUUUGUCAAACUGUGGAUUCAUUUCAUGAUAUAGGUGUAACAUGUAAUGGAAAGUGUAUGUUGUAGGAAACCAUCAUACACUACUUUCAUGCUAUUUGAAUGCUGAGUCACAUUGUUUUAUAUUUAUAUUUUUAUACUUAUUUUCAUAAUAAAAUUAAUUUUUAAAAAUCCA